AAACAGCUGUGGCGAGCUAAAAGCGGCUAGUUAGCAUCGUUUGUUUUUGUCGUGUGUGGCAGCGAGUUGAUCCGCUGCUCGAGAGAAAACCCCGCAGCACACACAGAGUCCACGAGUGACCGACUCGUUGUCCGUCACCUCUUGUUCACCAUGAAGUUCCAGUACAAAGAGGAGCACCCUUUUGAGAAAAGGCGGUCCGAAGGCGAGAAAAUAAGGAAGAAGUAUCCGGACAGGGUCCCAGUAAUUGUGGAGAAAGCCCCCAAAGCCAGAAUAGGAGAUCUGGACAAGAAGAAAUACCUUGUCCCCUCCGACCUGACAGUGGGACAGUUUUACUUCCUCAUCCGGAAAAGAAUCCACUUGCGAGCUGAAGAUGCUCUCUUCUUCUUUGUAAACAACGUCAUUCCACCCACCUCAGCUACCAUGGGACUGUUGUACCAGGAGCACCAUGAAGAGGACUUUUUCCUCUACAUUGCCUACAGUGAUGAGAGUGUGUAUGGGAGCAGCCAAAGGGAAAUCUGAUCCCACUACCACCCCCCUCCAACCACUACCCACCUUUCUGAGACCUCCACCAUUCAUUCAUUUAAAUAUUAAAUCCAGCAGCCUAGAGUUCCCAGAGUAAAUAUGUCGAAUGCACUUUCACUACUCAUACAUUACCCCUCUCCCAUCCACUUAUGUCUUUAUUAUUCUGCAGUCUGAAUUGUAUUUGCCUCCACUUUUUCUCUUGCGGUAGCGACUUGGGUUAAGUGGUUCACGUGGCCAGUUAUUUUUCUAGCGUCAUAAUUGAGCAUAUUUUACUGGAAACGUGGAGAAAGAAUUAACAAAAUAAUGUUAGAAUUAGGCCGUAAUUAGUAACCCCCCAGAUAAAGAGAAGAGAGGCAUAGUAUGUGAGUUCAAAUCCGCUCUUAUUGACAAUGAAUAUAGUUAUUGGGUGUCUGUUUUUGUUGGCUUGCAGGAGGAUAAAGUGCGUUUAGAGUUUAGGGUAGGAAAUUUAAUGGCAUCUACCAGUUGAAGGCAGGUUAUUUUCAGUGUCCGGCAGAGUAAAGGAUAACUGUUUUGCAGCAGUUCUUUUCCUAGAAAAAAAAAAAAAUGAACUGGCUAGAUAAUUAUUAGGUUUAAAUUUAGCGGCUGUGAAUGAGAAUUUAGUGCGCUGCCCCUCAUCUGACCUUAACAAGGAGCAUAAUAGAAUUCAGACUUAACAAUCAUCCUCUGCUUUCAGUGGUAAGACUAUUAUGUUGACUGCUACUAUGAUUAUUGUUGUUAUUAUUGUUAAUUUUGGAUGGCUUAAUUUCUAAAGGUAUUGUAAAGAGUGCAAUUUUCUCUUCUUUUUUUUUUAAGUUUGUCUCCUUUUUUUUAAAAAAAAAAAAAGAUUUGAACUCUGUAUCCAGCUGCAUUACUGGCUCUUUCUCUCCACUCAUGACCAUACAUGAUAAAAUGUGAUGAAAAGUUA